GUCGCUCCACCUGUCUGACUGCUCGUGCACGCCCCGGCUUCGGCUCGUUCGCGCUCACCUGAGACCAAGCGUCAGUCCAGAGAAACAUCAUGACGCGGCAUAUUUACUUCAUUCUCAUAAUCACAAACUUCGCGAUUUGCCCAGUCCAGACCACAGACCCAACAUCAUAUGUGAAGAAUUAUGAUGUGGUCAAACCUCAGCUGGUUCAUGAGCGCUGGAGGAGAAACGCAGACCCCUCACACACACCUGCACAGGAUAGACAUGCUGAUAGCAUCACAUACUCAGUCAGGAUUGAUGGCAGUGAACGUUUACUGCACCUGACAAAGAACACAGACUUUUUAUCGAAGAACUUUGUCGUGUUUUCUCAUGACUCACAGGAGAAAGGGAAAGUUGAGCAUUGUCACUAUCAAGGGUAUGUGGAGGGCUAUGAAGACUCUCUCGUAGCUCUCAGCAACUGUGAAGGUCUCAGGGGGGUCAUUCUCAUCGGUAAUGAAGGCUAUGGGCUGGAACCCAUCUUGCACUCCAAAGCCAAUGAACACCUACUCUUCCUGUUGAAGGACAGUCAGUCAGAGCCAUUUGUAUGUGGACUGGCCAAUGAAACGUCUCCCAGUGAGGACCACCCCCAUUACGCUGACAUGUCCAUGUUUUUACGGAAAAAGCGAAACUUACCUCAGACCAAAUACGUGGAGUUGGUAUUAGUGGUUGACAACCAAAGGUAUGCCUAUAAGAAGCACAACAAAACUGCUGUGCGUGAAGAGAUGGUCCAAUUGGUUAACUUGCUAGAUACGUACUACAAACAGCUGAAUAUCCGGAUAUCAUUGAUUGGCUUGACGAUCUUUGACAAUGAUAACCCCUUCAUUGUGGAUGGCAGUGCUGGGGAUGUGUUGGGCAGGUUUGUGCAGUGGAGGAAAUCAGAUCUGUUACCUCAAAUCAGGCAUGACGUGGGGCAGCUCAUUGUAGGCCGUUCAGGACCGUACACUGGAGGUGUGCUUGGCAUGGCCUUUGUGGGGACUGUCUGCUCUGUGAAUAGCGGCGGAGGAAUCAAUGUGUUUAGUAACGAUAAUCUGCAGUCGUUCUCUACCGUUGUUGCUCAUGAGCUGGGACAUAACCUUGGCAUGGGUCAUGACAUCGGUGGCUGUAACUGUGAUGGGAGCUGCAUCAUGGCAUCCGCUAUCAGUGGAUCGACUAAAUUCAGUGACUGCAGUGCGAAAGAUUUUGAGAGGUUGAUUCUGCGUGGUGGUGGGGCGUGUUUGAGGAACCAGCCCUCUCAAGACAACAUCAUCACAGUGCCCAGCUGUGGGAACGGCAUUAUGGAGAGUGGAGAGGAGUGUGACUGUGGCACACCUAAGGAGUGCAAUAAUAAGUGUUGUAAUGCCGCUACAUGCACCCUCACUAAGGGCUCGGCCUGUGCUGCAGGAAGUUGCUGUGAAAACUGUCAGAUCAAUGUAGGCGGCACGCCCUGCAGACCGUCCGUCAACACCUGCGAUCUCCCGGAGUUCUGCGGUGGAGUGUCUCCAUUCUGUCCAUCCGAUUUCUACACCAUGGACGGCAUCCCUUGUGCCAGUAACACAGCCUUCUGCUUUGAGGGCCGCUGCCAAACAUUUGAAUUCCAGUGCAAACAGCUUUUUGGCUCAGCGGCAACUAAAGCAGAUGAUAAGUGCUUUAGUCAUGCUAAUACUAAAGGCAAUGAGUUUGGAAACUGUGGAUACUCUGGGAAACCUUGUUCCGUGGAAAACGCUAUGUGUGGGAAAAUCCAAUGUGUAUUCGACAGCAACAACCCACCGGGAGGAGCGACGGUCAGCGUAGAAAAAAUAGAGGGGGGCACAAUCUCCUGCAUGAAUGCUGACUUCGGCCUGGGCCCAGAUGUGACUGAUCCAGCCUAUGUCAAAACUCGCUCGGUCUGCGCUCCUGGAAAGGUGUGUUUGGACUUUAAGUGUUUGAAUUCUUCACUUCUGGAUCAGAGUCAGAAAUGUGACGCCCAGAGAAACUGCAGAAGUAAUGGAGUGUGUAAUGAUCAAUUCCAUUGUCAUUGUAAUAAUGGCUGGGCUCCACCCAACUGUGACAAAUCUGGCAGGGGAGGAAGUAUCGACAGCGGCCCGGCACAGAUCGAUUACUCCCUGAGAGAUGGACUCUUGAUCUUCUUUCUUCUGGUGGUGCCAAUUUUGGUGGUCUUAAUAAUCGCUUUGCUCUACGUGUUCAGAAGAGACAGUCUCAACUGCUGUAUCAAGGGUUGUCCAUCCAGACACAAAAGGUCAACUAAUGCAGCAAAUGGUCCUUCGAAUGCCCAGUCAAAUGUGGGGGCAAACGGCAAUAAAACACGAGUGUCUACUCCACAGUCAACGACAGAGCCAACUAAACCAACAAAUCUAGUGAAUACCUCAGUAUCUCAACCAAGACAAGGGCCAGGAGUCCCCAGACCAAUCCCACCCAGACAGACCCAAGUACCAGUAUGAAGGCAUGAUGUGUUAGACAGUUUUUGUAAGAAAGUUGUUUACUUGACCCACUUUUCCAAUGAAGUUGUCAACA